AGCAUAGUUGGGCCUCCUCUCACAGUAGAGAGAUACUACAACAACACCUUGGAUGCACUUUGUGACUUCUCUUUGCACAGCUUUUCUCUCUGUCCGUGUGAAAGCUUAGAGGAAUCAGAGCGCACAGGAAGCUUUCUUCAACUCAUGAGGUAAAAAGCAGGCGGUUCGGGAACUUCCUCAGUUGAGCACAUUCUCCAACCCUCUCAUCAAGUGACGGAGAGGAGCAGCUCCCCGCCAUGUCUGGUGACUCGGACCCUUACGUCUUCACCACCGACAGCCUUCCCAGCGACCUCCGUUUCCUCCCUCCUCUUGCGAAUGGGCUCCUGGGCUGGAAGGUGUUCAGCAGCAUCAUGCACAUGGGGGGUGUUUAUAACGGGGAGGCCGGACAUUGCCACAGAGCCGACGUCCCGUGCCCUCUGGCUGUGAAGCUCGAGACAGAAGACCCUGCCAAACACAGCUACACCCUGGACACGCACACAGGCAUUUUCUCCCACACUCUGAGCUUGGCCACCGUGACUGCCUCCCAGUCUCUGUAUUCUCACCGUUUCUACCCCAACAUCUUGGUGAUGGAGGUUCUGAUGGAGCGCCACGUGGCCUCAGAGGAGCCGGUUCUGAUUAAUCUGGUCAGUUCAUUCACCCCUAAGAGCAAAGACAUUCAGUUUGAGACUUGUCCGGACUACAAAGGCGGAAGGCAUAUUCAGGGACAAACGACCACAGCCGAAUACCCAGGAGGCUCCUGUCCCACAGUCCAUCUGAUCUGGACCCCUGUGCCCUCCGCUCUGACGCUGCCUCCGGAGCAGACACAAGCUCGCUGGGGAUUCGUCCUGGUCGUGGCCGACAGCUCGGAAGCUGCCAGGUCCAACUACGACGAGGGCCUGAACCUGAUGGCGAGCGGAAACCUUCGCCCGUCUCACGAGAAGGCCUGGAAGGAGCUAUGGCUGCAGAGCCAGGUGGAGGUAACGGGGUCCGAGACUCUCUGCAAAGCGGUCAUCGGCUGCAUGUUCUACCUUCUCAGCGCCUUCCCGUCCAUCCACGACACCUCCAGCCGUUUCGGAGGGGUGAGCCCGGGCGGGCUCUCCAACGGCGGGGAUGGCCAGGAUUACUGGGGUCAUGUUUUCUGGGAUCAGGAUGUUUGGAUGUAUCCAGGAAUAGCACUUUUCUAUCCUAAGCUCGCCCGAUCCGUGCUGGAGUACAGAGUGGGGACGAUAGAUGGUGCGAAAGACAACGCCCAGAAGCAGGGCUACAAGGGGCUGAAGUUCCCAUGGGAGAGUGCUGUGUCAGGGAGGGAGGUGUGUCCGGAGGACAUUUAUGGGCAACAAGAGAUUCACAUCAACGGAGACGUGACGCUGGCCUUCCAACACUAUCUCUACCUCACCGAGGAUCUGUCCAUGUUCACAGAGGGAAGGGGCAGCGAGGUGAUCUUCGGGGUGGCUGAUUACUGGGUGUCUAGAGCGACGUGGAACCCUGACAACCAGAAAUAUCACCUGCUGGGUGUCAUGCCACCAGAUGAAUAUUACUACAACGUCAACAACUCGGUGUACACAAACACAGUGGCCAAACUCAGUCUCCAGUUUGCCGUCGAGCUGGCUGAUCUCCUCCAGCAUCCAGCACCAAAAGAAUGGCAAGAAGUUGCAGAGCGCAUCAGCAUACCCUUUGACCAAGAGUUGCAGUACCAUCCCGAGUACGAUGGCUACAGCAAAGGGCAACCAGUGAAACAGGCGGACACGGUGAUGCUGGGGUAUCCCCUCGGGUUGCCGAUGUCUCCGGAGGUCAGAAAGAAUGAUCUGGAAGCUUACGAGCCAGUCACAGACCCAAACGGGCCAGCCAUGACAUGGGGAAUGUUUGCAAUAGGCUGGCUGGAGCUGGGCAAAGCUGAGAAAGCCCAACGUCUAGUUGAAAAAUGCUUCAAGAACAUCCAGGGGCCGUUUCAGGUAUGGAGUGAAUCAUCAGAUGGCUCCGGAGCUGUGAACUUUCUCACAGGUAUGGGAGGAUUCCUGCAGGCUGUGCUGUUUGGGUACACGGGCUUCAGAGUUCAGAAGGAAUGCUUGGCCUUCUCCCCGCUGCUUCCGGAUGAGAUCAGUGAACUGUGUGUGCGUGGCGUCAACUACCUGGGCAAUCAGAUGGACUGGCUGCUCAGGAAAGAGGACGUCUGCGUCAUACUGAGGGAGCAGACUGGCGGAGCUGGAAACCGUAACGGCCACAAGCUGCAGAUUGUCCUGAAGGCAUCAGGAGCUAAACUCCCUCUAACACCAGGUCAGCCUGUCACUUUUCCUCGAGAGGCCGGAUGUAUAUGCAAACAGGAUCCCCCUUCCACCUGCUGGCUGCUUUGAAACAAGAGCCUGAUCAGAUUUCCUUGUCAUCCCAUUCUCAGAAAAAAACAUAUUUAUGUUCAUCCGAUUUGAUUUCUGCAUCGUUCCCUGUUUUAAUAUAUUUUAUAUGUUACACUUUUCAACAAGAAACAUGGAAAAUUGAAUGUAAUAUUAUAAAGGGACAACAGGAUACACAAUUUUGGAUAAUUUCUGCCUUUAGCUAAGAGAACAUUUUCAUCUGCAAAAUGUUGAUUUGGUUCAUUAAAAAGAAAAAAAUGCUAAAUGAGUUUUAUAUAGUUACUUAAA